AUGGUUUCCGGUGCCUUUGCCAAGGGGCUUUUGCUCCUGGGUCUUUUGUCGCACCUGUCUGUCGCUCAGGAUGAGAAGCCUCGCUACAAGGAUCCCAGUGCCCCGGUGGAGGAGCGUGUCGCCGACUUGCUGGGCAGAAUGACGCUUGAAGAUAAGAUGGCUCAAUUGAUUCAAGGUGAUAUUACCAAUUGGAUGAAUGAGACUACCGGCGAGUUUAAUCUUACGGGUUUGGAAUGGAAUAUGAAGAAUAGGGCUGGAAUGUUUUACGUUGGCUACCCCGUGCCUUGGGAUUACAUCGCGGACAAUGUCCAGAGGGCCCAGGACUACCUUCUUCACAACACAACUCUGGGAAUUCCCGCGCUUGUGCAGACUGAGUCCAUCCACGGAUUCCUGAUUGGAAAUGCGACGAUCUAUAACUCCCCCAUUGGAUUCGCAUCCUCGUUCAACCUGGAGCUGAUUGAGAAGAUGGCCCACCUUAUCGCCCAGGAGGCUUCGGCCCUCGGCGUCAACCACCUGAUGGGGCCGGUGGUUGACCUCGCCCGUGAACUGCGCUUCGGACGAGUCGAGGAAACAUACGGAGAAGACCCAUUCCUCGCAGGGGAAAUCGGCUACCACUACACCAAGGCUCUUCAAAGCCGCAACGUUUCUGCCAACGUCAAGCACUUCGUGGGUUUCGCCCAGCCCGAGCAAGGGCUCAACACUGCACCUGUUCACGGCGGAGAAAGAUAUUUGCGCACAACCUGGCUGCCGCCCUUCAAGCGUGCGAUCAUGGACGCCGGCGCGUGGAGUAUCAUGAGUGCGUACCAUUCAUACGACGGCAUCCCCGCCGUGGCGGACUACCACACCCUCACCGAGAUCCUGCGCGAAGAAUGGGGUUUCAAGUACUGGGUUACCAGCGAUGCAGGCGCAACGGACAGAGUCUGUACAGUUUUCAAGUUGUGCCGUGCUGACCCCAUCGACAAGGAGGCCGUUACGCUUGCCGUGUUGCCGGCAGGAAAUGAUGUCGAGAUGGGUGGUGGUUCUUACAAUUUCGAGACCAUCAGUGACCUGAUCGAUGGUGGUAAACUCGAUAUUAAAAUCGUCGACACCGCCGUGUCCCGCGUGCUCCGCGCCAAGUUUGAAAUGGGUCUCUUCGAGAACCCUUACAAUGGCGCCCCAAAGUCCGAGUGGAAUAAGCUCAUCCACACCCAGGAAGCGGUGGAUCUGGCACGCCAGCUGGAUAAGGAGUCGAUUGUCCUGCUGGAGAACCACAAUAAUGCGUUGCCGCUGAAGAAGAGCGGUAGUAUUGCUGUCAUCGGGCCCAUGGCGCACGGGUUUAUGAAUUACGGCGACUACGUCGUCUACGAAAGCCAAUACCGCGGCGUAACCCCACUAGACGGCAUCAAAGCCGCCGUCGGCGACAAAGCAACCAUCAACUAUGCCCAAGGCUGCGAACGCUGGAGUAACGAACAAACAGGCUUCGAUGAAGCCAUCACCGCAGCCAAAAACUCCGACGUAGCAGUCGUCGUCGUGGGCACCUGGUCCAGGGACCAGAAGGAACUCUGGGUGGGCCUGAACGCAACAACUGGGGAACACGUCGACGUCAACUCCCUCAACCUCGUCGGGGCCCAAGCCCCCCUCAUCAAAGCAGUCAUCGACACCGGCGUCCCCACAAUCGUCGUCCUCCAAAGCGGCAAACCCGUCACCGAACCCUGGCUCUCAAACAGCACCUCCGCACUCGUCCAGCAAUUCUACCCGUCGGAGCAAGGCGGGAAUGCGCUCGCGGACGUGCUCUUCGGCGACUACAACCCCUCCGGCAAGUUAUCGGUCAGUUUUCCGCACUCCGUGGGUGAUUUGCCGAUCUAUUAUGAUUAUUUGAAUUCGGCACGGGAGAUCGGGGAUGCGGGGGUUGUUGCGGCGAAUGGAACGCUGGUCUUUGGACACCAGUAUGCGCUGGGGACUCCAAAGGCGUGGUAUCCGUUUGGAUAUGGGAAGAGUUACUCGGAGUUUGAGUAUGGGGAUGUGAGGCUAGAUAAGACGAAUGUUACGGCGGCGGAUACGGUGACGGUUAGUGUUGAGGUGAGGAAUACGGAUGCCAGUCGGGAUGCGACGGAGGUUGUGCAGGUUUAUGUUGUUGAUGAGGUUGCGUCGGUUGUGGUGCCGAAUCGGCUGUUGAAGGGGUUUAAGAAGGUGGUGGUUCCUGCGGGUCAGAGCAAGACGGUCGGGAUUCCGCUCAAGGUGCAGGACUUGGGGCUCUGGAAUGUGCGGAUGAAGUAUGUUGUUGAGCCGGGGGCUUUUGGUGUCCUGGUGGGGAGUUCUUCGGAGGAUAUUAGGGGCAAUGCUACUUUUUAUGUACAGUGA